AUGCAUCACACGCAUCACGCAGCGACAGGCACUGCAGACACAGCAGUAGCGAGUGGCAGCAAAAGUGAAUCCACUGCAAGUGCUGCCAACACAUCCAGCGCCAGUGGUGGCGGCGGCGGCGUCGGCGGCGUUGGCGGCAUGAUGGCCAAAAUCAAUGCGCGUCACUGGCUGCACCCCUCCGCAACGCACUCCGCUUCGACAUCACCCUCGGUAACACCGCCCACAGCCACGCCCUUAGCUACAACGCCCAUUCUGCCACUUGCUGCUGGUACAAGCGCCAGCUCGAGCGCCAUCUUUUUACCAGCAGCCACCUCGGCCACAACACCAACACCCUCUGUUGCAUCGUCAGCAUCAUCUUCAUCCACUUCGGCAACGGCAGCUGCGACCACACUAACAUCCGCCGGCACGCACCACCAACAAUUGCAGCAACAACUGCAACAGCAACAACAACAAUUGAUGACAAGCGAAGAGCUGCGGCGCAAUACAUUCUAUCGCACGGUAUGCGCAAGCUUUCAGAGUGCCAUUCUGUUGCUGGACAUGGAUACGGGCGAAAUCAGUGACUACAAUGAAAGCUCCCAUCACUUUACGCACAUAAGUGGUAGGCAAGGCUCCAUCAAAACUAUUGGGGAUGAUAUUUCUAAUAACUCUAUCAUCAUCACUAUCAUCACUUUACGCACAUAA